ACUUACUCCUUCUUUCCAAAAAGACAUUUUUUCCAGAUUAAAACCCGUGACCACAAGUUCUCAAUGGAGCAAUUUUUUUAAAAUACUUCUCCAUUUUUCAAUCCAUGGUGAAGGAGGAAUCCCAUCCAAUCUGAAUCGGCCGAUUCUGUUCCGAUGCCCAUUUUUCAAACCAUGCCGCCAUUAUUUUUUUCUGUGGAACCUUUGUUCUGUUCCAGCCUCCAUUGCCCAUUGCUUUGGUUUGACCUUUAGAAGUUAGAACCCUAUCAGAAGCAGAGCAAAUCACUUCUUGUUCUUUCAGAUGAGUUCAGUUCUUAACUGAUAUCUCUCCUGAAAAGAUGGAGGGAAUUUAUGGAACUUGCUUUCCCUCUUCACUUCCACGUCCUCUAAUUUCGCUUCUAUUCUUCUUAUACAUAUCGAUAGUAGUUGUUUCAUUGCCAGAGGAUUCAUCGGCGAUAAUCUCCAGAUUCCAACAAUAUCUUCAAAUCAACACAGCUCACCCCAACCCUGAUUACUCUGCAGCUGCCGAUUUCAUCCUCUCUCAAGCCAAAGCCAUCGGCCUCGAAUCGCAAUCCCUUGAAUUCGUCAGGGGUAAGCCUGUUGUUCUCCUCAAGUGGCCUGGUACAAACCCUCAUCUCUCUUCCAUUCUCUUGAAUUCGCACACGGACGUGGUAGCUGCCGAGUACCAGAAAUGGGUUCACCCUCCUUUCGAUGCUCACAUCGAUCAGGCCGGAGAUAUCUAUGCCAGAGGAUCGCAGGACAUGAAGUGUGUUGGGAUGCAGUACCUGGAGGCCAUCCGACGAUUGAAGAAUUCUGGGUUCCAGCCAGUUAGGACUGUUUACGUUUCGUUCGUUCCAGACGAGGAAAUAAGCAGCCGUGAUGGAGCUGGAAAAUUAUCCGAGUCCGAAGAAUUCAAGAAAAUGAAUGUUGGAAUCCUCUUUGAUGAAGGGCUGGCAUCGACGAAUGAAAAUUAUCGUGUUUUCUUUGCGGAGAGGUCCCCGUGGUGGCUUGUGCUUAAGGCUUCUGGUUCCCCUGGUCAUGGGUCAAAACUUUACGACAAUAGUGCAAUGGAGAACCUAAUGAAGAGCAUCGAGAUUGUGAGGAGGUUCCGGGCUGCCCAAUUUGACAUGGUGAAAGCGGGUUUGAAGGAAGAAGGAGAUGUCAUUUCAGUGAAUAUGGCCUUCUUGAAGGCUGGCACGCCAUCUCCAACUGGGUUCGUAAUGAAUCUGCAGCCAUCUGAAGCUGAAGCUGGUUUUGAUAUUCGAAUUCCACCAACUGCUGAUGAGAAAUUGCUGGAGAAACGGAUUGAAGAGGAAUGGGCACCUUCUUCGCGCAACAUGUCAUUUGAGUUUAAAAUCAAGGUUUCCACUCUAGAUGAGUUUGGGAAGCCAGUUCUCACUGUUACAGAUGGCUCUAAUCCAUGGUGGGCACUUCUAGAAGGGGCAGUAAAGAAAGCUAAUGGCAAACUUGGCAAACCAGAAGUUUUUCCAGCCUCAACAGAUUCUCAAUACUUCAGGCAACAAGCAUUGGCAGCAAUUGGCUUCUCCCCCAUGGCAAACACUCCUAUUCUGCUCCAUGACCAUAAUGAGUUUCUAAAUCAAGAGGAGUACCUGAAAGGAAUUGAAAUAUAUGAAUCAAUCAUUGAAGCUUGCACAUCUUACACUGAGCACUCAAGGAAUGCUGCUUCCAGAGACGAGUUGUAAGAGAGCAAACAUGGCCCGUGUCCUGUCAUGACUGCACAUGUUUUAGCUUCAUUGUAGUGUAGCAGGGAUAAGGGAUGAUCUCCACUUGGUAAUUGUAACAGAGAGAGAUGCAUAAAUGGAGGUCACAAUCUCCCAUGCCCAGUGUACUGGCAUGAAAUAUGAGAUGUAUUCCACUGGUUGUACAUUGUUCUGACUUCUGAUGAUCUGAUCCAAGUAUUAUCAUCACUUGAGGGUAUGUUCUGAUUGCCAAUGAGGCGCAUUGUAAUUUAAUCCUUUAUAGCAUCUGCCAACAAUUGUACUGGUAGUUGCCAUCUCAUAUCUUGAAAGCCUCGCUGGGUGCCCAAGGGUUUGGCCUCAGUGAAAAAGCCUGAAACUAUAUCCUUUUUAAGUGUUGAGAAAAAGACAAGACAUCAAAUUAAUCUGAUUCUUUUGGGCAAUCAAUAACAAUGAUAUAUUUGCCUUUGAUUGGUUGA